AUGAGUACAGAUCCCAAUAUUGCUGCAACCGAACAUAGAAAUUGCAGCGAUACUUCAAGCAAUCGUGUCGAGUCAUCUUUACAACAAGGAGAAUGCAACGAUAAUGUCACAAAUACUCCUACGACACCACCUACAAAUUCACAGUUGCCAACAACUACUGGUGAAACUGUAGAUGACAGUAAACCUUGUACAAGUGCUGAUGCGAAUAUGGGAGAUAUGGAUGAACACAUGAGAACAACAUCGAAAAUGAUGUCCGAUAAUGAUAAGGAAGCAAAGAUCGACGCAAACUCUAGUGAUGACAUUAUGGUUUCGAAUAAAGAUAGUCUUCAGUCAGAUGCUAAUGUUCCUUUUAUAAAAACUCAAUUGAAUGAUGAUCAACAAACGAUUGUAACCAUCAAUAAUAAGAACACCGAUCAAUCACUUAAGGAAGAACAUGUUGAAAUUACCAGCCAGAAUAAUAAAAAUGAUUCGAACGACGCUGAUCCUAUGGCGACUACAGCAGUCCUUUCUGUCAACAAUCAAAACUCAAAUGUUUCUUGUCUUGAUAGUCCAACAGUUCAAAAUGAUAUUCGAAAUGAUUCAGCUAACCGUUUAUUGAAUCCUUCAAUAUCUGAUGCUGACAUGAUAGACGCUUCAACAAAUAGUACUACUCAACUAACUGACGAUCAGUCGAAAACUUCAGUUGACUAUUCGUCGAAGUCUUCGACAUCUGAUGUUGACAUGACAGACGUUUCAAUGACUGAUCAUGCUAAAGUAACCGCUGAUCAACCGAAAAAUUGUCCGAUAUCACCUAUUACAUCAAGUAAUUCGGGUCAUCCAGCAUGUCAGUUUCGUACAGAUAAAAAUUGGCUUAAUCUUCAAUUUCAUGACAAAGGACAAUUAUCAAUAAAGAAGCCUGACGAAAUUGAAGAUGAAAUGAAUGAACCAACUGAUAAAAUUGACAGCGAAAUUUUGAAUCGUAUUCAAGGCUCAAUCAUAGGAAUGGCUUUAGGUGAUGCUCUAGGUGCUCAUGUCGAAUUUCGACCACAUCAAUUUUUGGUUGAGAGACCAGUUACUGAUCUUGAAUCUGGAGGAACUUGGGGUCUUAAAAAGGGACAGUUUACCGAUGAUACUUCAAUGGCUCUUUGCUUAGCUAAUUCAUUGAUAGCUCGUCGUGAUUUUAUUCCUUAUGAUCAGUUAGUUCGCUACAAAUGGUGGUACAAAUUCGGAUAUAUGUCAUCAACUGGACAGUGUUUUGAUAUUGGCGCAGCCACUAGUCAAUCUCUACGAGAAUUUGGAAAUCGUCAAAAGCUAUUUGCCACGCAAUCCAACAUUCCAAUUAAAUAUAUGGAUUGUCUUUCUAAUCAUGAACUACUCAAUCAAUUUAACGUUUAUUGCAGUGAAGACCAAGUAGCGGGCAAUGGAGCUCUUAUGCGUCUCGCACCCGUACCACUCUUUUUCUAUAGAAUUCCUGAUAGAGCUGUCGAAUAUUCUGGUUGUAGUGGACAAAUCACUCAUGGAGAUAGGAAAGCAUACGAUGCUUGCCGUUACUAUGGGGCAUUAAUUGUUGCUGCUCUCCGUGGUUAUACAAAGGAACAAUUACUCGAUGAUGAUUUUUACGUAAAGCACAAAAAAUGGUUUAACGACAAGGAACUUCAUCCUGAUAUAGAGUCUAUUUCUAAAGGAUCAUACAAAAAAAAUGGCUAUCAGGCUGGUAUUCGAGGCAAAGGUUAUAUAGUUAAAGCUCUAGAAGCUGCGUUAUGGGCAUUUUGGUCUGAUAAGAAUUCGUUUGAAAAAGGCGUUCUUGCUGCUGUCAAUCUUGGCGAUGAUACAGACACAACAGCUGCUAUAUAUGGACAAUUGGCUGGCGCUUAUUAUGGGUAUCAAGAAUUACCUGAACGUUGGCUGAAGCAUGUCUAUGCGAAAAAAUUCAUGGAAAAACUAAGCAAAUGGAUUGCAUAUGAAGGAGAAUGUUGGCAAAAGCGAUAUGAAUCGUCCAUUUCUCCAUCGCUGACAAGUAAUAUUUAA